UUGCAUAUGUUUUUGCUGCUCCACAAAUUUAAUUGAUCAAAGAGCUUUCUGCAAAUUCCAUUUUCUAGAGAGAGAGAGAGAGAGAGAUGGAUAAAGCAAUGAACAGACAGAGGGUUCUGCUGCAGCAUUUGAGACCCAAUUCUUCUGUUUCUUCUUUCAAUUAUGAAUUUGCUCCUCUUUCUGCUUCAAUAUGUGCAGCUGGAGAUAGUGCUGCCUACCAUAGAACAACUGCUUUUGGAGACGAUGUAGUGAUUGUGGCAGCAUAUCGGACUGCCAUUUGCAAGGCAAAGCGAGGCGGUUUUAAGGACACUCUACCUGAUGAUUUACUGGCACCUGUUUUAAAGGAAAUAAUAGAGAGAACAAAUUUGAACCAAGUGAGGUGGGGAUAUAGUUGUUGGUACAGUUAG